GUUUCGUGUGGUUGGUGCUGGCAACCUUUACCCCUACAGGGUGUCUGUCGACCAGCAUCCGAUGACGGUGGUAUCCACAGAUGGAAACGAGUUCGAGGCAGUUCCUGUAGAGUCUUUCAUCAUCAACCCUGGGGAGCGAUACGAUUUUGUCGUCACAGCCAAUCAGAGUGUCGAAAAUUAUUGGAUAAGGGCGGAAACUCUGGAGGUGAACGUGCAGAACCACGUGGCCGAAGCUAUUCUUAGAUACAACGGCGCGCCGGUCGCUGAGCCAAAAACCGUGAGGAAACGGUGCUCGCAGGACGACAGAUGUCUAGUCUUAAACUGCCCAAUGUCUAGUCUUAAACUGCCCAUAUUCCUAAAACUUCACCAGAUGUCUAGUCUUAAACUGCCCCUACACUACUACCCCGCUGAAACCUAUACAGACUGCAAGCCUUUAAGCGAGGUCAAUGCCCUACAGGACAUUGACAACGAUAUCCGGGCAUCUUCUGAAGACGUCGAGGAAAUUUUUCUCAACUUCGCUUUUCCUGGAACUACAUGGACGCCUGGCUCGGUGAAUGGACGACAUUUUAAAAUGCCGCCCGUGUCAGCCCUCACCCAGCCCACACAAAUCAACACACAAUGUGACCUACAAGACUGCGGAGAAGACAAGUUGUGUGAGUGCACCCACACAAUCGACCUACACCAUAAUAAAGUUUACCAGAUGGUAUUUUUAGAUCUGGGUACAGGAAAAGGCUGGGCUCAUCCUAUUCAUUUGCACGGCCAUGAUUUUUAUAUUGUCAAAAUGGGUUACCCUAUCUAUAAUCAAACAACGGGUAAACUAAUGGGAGAUAACCCCGACAUUGACUGUGGUAAAAACAAACCGAGUUAUUGCAACGCCGCGAGAUGGGCCAACAGCUCAUGGGGAGGUAACAACGUCCCGGAGCUGAAGUUGGAUCGUCCUAUAAUGAAAGACACAGUUAUCGUUCCUACCGGCGGGUACGUUGUUGUACGGAUAAGGGCCGACAACCCAGGACUUUGGAUCAUGCACUGUCACAUCGAGCUCCACAACACAGACGGUAUGGCCGUUCUGUUCAACGAAUCUUUCUCCAAGCACCCACAGCCGCCACCAGGCUUCCCUACCUGCGGGGACUUCACACUGGACAAGACAUCUGGCUCAGAGAGCCAAGACUUAAAGCCCACGAUCAUUGGACUUACAAUAUUACUUGCUGUUGCGAUUCUAUUCAUCGUUUUAUUAUUGAUCUGUUUGGUGAACAUAUGGCGACAAAAGAAAGCCCUACAAAAUCCAGAUGGCGAAAUGUCUUCUUUAACCAUGACCUAACAUCAGAUUUUCUUAAAAACUAUAUUUAUAUAUUCAAUUCAAUCAACUUACAAAUACAACGCAAAUUUUUACAAAGCUGUGUUUAAAUUUUAAAGACGGUAUGGAUAUCUUACGUAUUGAGGUAUUCUUUCCAGACCUGACGACCAAUGGGGCAGAUGAAGUAGAGCCCAUCUGAGUUUUUUUUUUAAACUCAAUGUAUGAAGUUUUUGUGAUAAUCUUUACUUUUCUCGAUUCGCGUCAGGUAACCUUCACAUUGGUGUGACCUCAGGGAAAUCUUACCAAGUCGAGUCUGAAAACAUAAACCCACGACUUUUGAAUAUGCUACUGUGUGCUCUAUUGCCACGCCCCACCGUUCUAUCCGUCACAGUGUAAUGACCUACACAUUACAUUUAAAUAUUGAAUCUUCUCCCCCCC